AUGUCAGAACGACCACAGUGUGGUGGAGGUGGUCUCAGCGAGGACGAUUACGACCUGCCACUUCACAUUGCUGCUGUCUUCAUGGUCUUUGCUUUCAGCAUCGGAGGAGCUGGCUUCCCGGUGACUGGAAAGAGGAUCCGAUGGAUGAGGAUUCCACCUGGUGUCCUCUUCUUCUGCAAGCAUUUCGGCACAGGCGUCCUGGUUGCCACAGCAUUCGUCCAUCUUGUUCCUACAGCAUUCUCUUCCCUGACCGACCCGUGUUUGCCUGCUCUUCUGACCGAACAAUAUCCGGCCAUGCCUGGAGUCAUCAUGAUGACUGCGCUCUUUGCUCUAUUCACCAUCGGGAUGUACCUCAAAGCCAAGGUUGGCGGUCACUCUCACGGUGGACCCAUGGGUCACGGCACCGUCGCUUUGGCCCAUCAAGGGGCUCGACCAGGAACUGUUGAUCACCAGGCCCUUCCCUCGUAUGGGACUGCGCUCGAAGCGGAGAGCACGUUGAAUAUGCCGACUACGAAAAGCCCCACGCCUAUACACAGUAUGUUGACCGAGUCACUAUGCAGACUGAAGCACAACGAGGCUAAUACAUCUCCACGCAGUACCUACGAAGUGACGCCGGCGUCCGGCGAAGAGAUGGAACAAUACAACAACCUCGCCGACAUGCCUCCUUGGUUCCAGGUCUUCUAUGCCCAAUAUGUCCGACAACGAGAGGAGCUCAAGGCCAUGGUCCUGGCGAUCACUCCUCGAGCUGCAGCUCUUCCUGCAGAAACAUCGUCCUUCGAUGACCGUGGCAUUCUCUUCCAUUCGAUCUUUGUCGGCAUGACCAUCUCAAUCACAGGUGAUGGCUUCGUAGUCCUUCUCAUCGCGAUCUUGUUCCAUCAAUUCUUCGAUGGCCUAGGGCUGGGAUCCCGCAUCGCCGCGGUGCCGUAUCCCAACAAGGCGGUCCGGCGCUGGAUUUUGGUUAUUGCGUUCGGACUCACUUGUCCCAUCGGACAGGCCAGCGGACUGUUGACCCGCAACUCGUACGAUCCUUCCAGCGCUUUUGCGUUGAUUCUAGUGGGCGCGUUCAAUGCCUUUUCCUCGGGUCUCCUGAUAUAUGCAGCGACAGUCGAUCUGCUGGCGGAAGACUUUCUAUCUGAAGAAGCUCAAUUGACCUUGACGAAGAAGGACUAG